CCGUCCCCGCCUCUUCCGACGGCGCUUCCGAGCGGUGCGGGAUGGGGGUGACCUGCGUGUCCCAGGUGCCGGUGGCGGAGGGGAAGAGCGUGCAGCAGACGGUGGAGCUGCUGACUCGGAAGCUGGAGGUGCUGGGAGCCGAGAAGCAGGGAACCUUCUGCGUGGAUUGCGAGACCUAUCACACCGCCGCAUCCACCAUCGGCAGCCAAGGGCAGACAGGGAAGCUGAUGUAUGUGAUGCACAAUUCUGAGUAUCCCCUGAGCUGCUUCGCUCUCUUUGAAAACGGUCCCUGCCUGAUAGCAGAUGCUAACUUUGAUAUCCUCAUGGUGAAGCUGAAAGGCUUCUUCCAAAAUGCCAAGGCCAACAAGAUAGAGAGCCGGGGCACCCGCUACCAGUACUGUGACUUCUUGGUGAAGGUGGGCACGGUCACAAUGGGGCCCAGUGCCCGGGGGAUAUCUGUGGAGGUGGAAUAUUGCCCCUGCGUGAUCGCCAACGACUGCUGGAACCUGCUGCUGGAGUUCAUGCAGAGCUUCAUGGGGAACCACACUCCUGGGGUUCCCUCUGUCUUUGGCACCAAGCAUGACAGCAUCUACAGCCCCUCUGACACCAUGGGGCAGUACAUGGAGCUCUUCAACAAGAUCCGCAAGCAGCAGGCGGUGCCGGUGGCAGGGAUCAGGUGAAGGGAGCCCAGCUCCCAGCCCAUCCUCUGCCUGCCCCUGGGGAUCCCCUCAAAAAGCAGCACUGGAGAAAGCCCAGGGUGGGUUGUUUGUUGUUGUUUUUCACUUCUCUUUUCCCUUUUUCCAAGUGGAGGUUUUCAAGGCCGUGGGUAUUUCUCCUUGGCCUCCUGUGUGGGUUUGAGCGUGGUUGGUUCCGAUGGGUCCAGCACUUGGUGCAGGGGGUUGGUGUUCAUCAGGAGGAGGGAAAAGAGAAAUCCCACCAAAAUACACUUGAGGGCAGAGUUUCCUUACCUACAGGCAGCUACAUGGGAGACUAUUUCUUUAAUUAUUAUUUUGUUUUGGAUAUCCAUACAGAAGUGUCUGGUUAUUUUCAUCAAAAUAAAAAGCUGUAUUUUGGGAGGA